GAGCUCUGAAACAGGAAGUUAUUUCAUUUUGUCUCCAGCUUCUGAAGUCAGCUUCUGAAGUCAGAUGUAAAGAGAAACCCUGCUAUUCAGCAGUUCUGGGAGCUGUCAACAUUAAUACCAGUCACUGCUGGUGGUGACCUGCCUCACAACAACUGAUAUGACCCCAAGAUGAAGAAAUGUACCGUCCCUUGUGGUCAAACAUGAUGUCAGUGAUGGUGAUGGUGUCCCUCUCCGGGGUAAAAGCGUUGCAAGACGGACACACGUUCUACCCCCUCCGCACCGGGGGAACACCUUGAGUCAGCAGCCGUGACAGAUUUGCUAGGGUCUUAACUUGAGAUGGACCUGGACCAAGGUACCUAACACUGCUCAGCUCUUGCUCCGUUGGCCCCAGUGGCUCAUGUUCUCAGAUCCACUCAAUCCCUUCAUCGUUAGAGAAGAACUUCAGCUUGUGGUUGAUCCACUGUCCCUUAAGUGAGUGGCAGUAUUUCUCUUCUUGCUCAAAAUAAGAAGUGGGAGUAGAUUCCCCAGCAGUCGGGGGAUGGACCUGAAGACUGACUUCAGCAAUGAUAUGAAGUGACAAACACAGAAGAGAUGGUAGGAAACAUGAAGCUGAAGGUAUUCGAGUUCAUUGUAGGGCUUAUGGCCGUUUCUAUAAUUCUUUUGUUCCUCUAUACCAACAAUUUAGUCCUGCCAAAAUACCUGCCAGCGGGAAAAAUCUCAAACUCUUCAGUGCUUGCAGAAGUCUGUGACAUGAUUAUAACAGGAAAGAAAAUCUUGUAUGGAAAUAUACCAAUGACACCACUGAGAAACAAAACUUGCCAACAAUACUUGACCCAGAAUCACUACAUAAUGAAACCUCUGUCCAAAGACGAAGCUGAGUUCCCUUUGGCAUAUGUCAUGGUCAUCCACAAAGACUUUGAUACAUUUGAGAGGCUUUUCAGGGCUAUUUACAUGCCUCAAAAUGUCUACUGCGUUCAUGUGGAUGAGAAAGCCACCUCUGCUUUCAAGGAUUCGGUAGGAAGGCUGCUGAGCUGCUUCGCAAAUGCCUUUCUGGCUUCCAAGAGGGAGUCUGUGGUCUAUGCAGGAAUUUCCAGGCUCCAGGCUGACCUGAAUUGCCUGCAAGACCUCAUAGACUCGGAGGUUCCGUGGAAGUACGCCAUCAACACCUGUGGGCAAGAUUUCCCCCUGAAAACCAACAGGGAGAUCGUUCAGUAUCUGAAAGGAUUUAAAGGGAAAAACAUCACCCCAGGGGUGCUUCCUCCUCCUCAUAUUAUCCGAAGGACCAGAUAUAUGCACUUGGAGCAGAAAUACCAAUUGUUUUCCUUCAUGCUGUGGACUUGGAUAAGGAAAAUGUCUCCUCCCCAUAAUCUCACCAUUUACUUUGGCUCCAGCUAUGUAGCCCUUACAAGAGAAUUUGCUAAUUUUGUUCUCCAAGACCAGAGGGCCACUGAUUUACUUGGGUGGUCGAAGGACACCUACGCUCCUGAUGAACAUUUCUGGGUGACACUUAACAGGAUUCCAGGUGUUCCUGGCUCCAUGCCAAACGCAUCGUGGGCCGGGAACCUCAGAGCUGUAAAGUGGUUUGACAUGGAAGAUAAACACGGAGGCUGCCACGGCCACUACGUCCAUGGCAUUUGUAUCUAUGGAAACGGAGACUUAAAGUGGUUGAUUAAUUCGUCAAGCCUCUUUGCUAACAAGUUUGAGCUCACUACGUACCCCCUGACUGUGGAAUGCCUAGAGCUGAGGCUUAGAGAAAGAACCCUAAAUCAGAGUGAAAUUGCAAUACAGCCCAGCUGGUAUUUUUGAUCUACUGCCACUCACGACUGCAGGAAAAUCACAGCUGGAAAGGAGAGCUUUUCUUUGUGAGAAAAACUUGGCCUGGGUUAUAUGAACAGUGUCAGGGCCAAGGUUAUGGCUUCAGGACCUGACUACAUUACAACAUGUUAAAAUAUUCUCUGGACACCGUGAAAUAUGCCGUCAGGAUGGUUGCACAGUGAUGCUGGCGCUUUGGCCACUCUGGUAGUUCCUUGAGGCUCACUCUGUAUCAGGCUAAUGUUCUGAUCCGUGAUAAACUGUCCUCAGAUUUGCAUCUGAUCCUCAUCGUAUAUAAAUGUUCUAAUGAAAAGCAGAGUUGUGGAUAAUACUAUUUAGGAGAAAAGGAAUUGGGUUUCUUUGAAGAAGGAAUCUUUUAUAACAGAUCUCUAGCCACACAUUGAUGGAUAUCCCCUGCUCUUUUCUUACCUGCACGUAGGCAUAGAAAUCGCUUUUUUGGGUAACUGACCAAUCUCCUUUACAGCUUGAGCUCCUAGAACUGAGAACGAGAUCUUGUUCCUGAGUUUCAACAGUAGCAUUUUCAAGUUUCCUGUGUCUAAAGUUCUGUAUAGAAUUUAAAGCCAUUCACAGGAGACAGAAUUUAAGACAGCAAUCCCUGCCUGCCGCUUCAGUAAAAGGCCCCCGGGGGGAAUCAGUUUCUUGAAUGUUUGUCAGAAUGUGCUCUGAUCCCAUUUUCUUGUUUUCCAUUGAGAACUGGAAAAGUUCUUGAAGCAUGAAGAAUUUCUAGAAGAGAGGUGCUAUUGCAUGGGUUUAGCCUCAAGCCUUGAAUAUCUCAGAGUAAAUCACUUUCCUUUAUUGCCACUGCUCUCCACCCCGACCAAAGUGAUCUUAUCUGCAAAGUUGGAGACCAAAUUCUGCCCCGUGAGCCUUUAAGGAGUCCAUAGUGUUCUCUGGGUAGCUUUGCAAUGCCUGGGGGGUCAUAGGAGUGCCUGGAUUUUUAAAAGCUUUCAAAUGUGUGUGAGCCUUUUGGUCACUUAUCCUUCUUCCCAUUCAUGUAUCCAAUUCAUUCAUUCAGCAUCUGGUCAGUAAGUAUUUCUUGAGUGUUUAUUAUACACCAGACACAUGCAGAGACAAGGAGGAGAAGUUAAGUCAGAAGCUUUUUCACUCUAAAAGUCCUGGCAAUAACAUCAAACGUGGGAAAGGCUGCUCUAGAGAAUCUCACAGGGUGGUUGUAUUUUAACACCUUCCUGUGCAGGGUUGUAGACUGUGAUAUCAGGCCCAGGAUAUCAGAAAUUACAAAGUGAGGUCUAAAUCAGAUUAUUCCCAAGAGAGAAGGGAAGGAGGAGACGGAAGCCACAGCCGAUUGUGUUCUAGGUGUUCUGCUUGCUCCUUACGUCUCAUGGCCUUCAAAUCUCACAACACUCUUGGGAAGCUCGCAUGAUUACCCCCAUUUUGCAGAUGAAGUGAGUGAGGCUUAGAGAGGUUUUUAGUCAGCAUUAGGAAACAAGUUCUCUGUCUGAGAAUCGGGAUUCUCUUAUUGGUCUCCUUUGUUCAUUUCCUGAGGUGGAACAUUUAGAGAAGGUGAAGUAAAGCCAUAUUUAGCAUCCCAGAAUGGUCUCCGUGUUAAUAUUGAGAAAACGUCCUGUCACCUCAGAAGAAUAUGAAGUCUACUCUUAUAUUCCAUCCAGUUCCUUGAUAUUUAUUUAUUCUAAUGAAAAACAGUAACUACAAUUAAUGAUACAUUUAAUCCACGCAACAUUAUUUUUUUCUGUAAUUGUGCCUGUUGAAUGUUAAUCAUAUUUAAUCACUUCUAGUGACUUUGAAGUAAAGCCUUUUUUUUUUCCUGCUACUGAAAAAAAAGAUGGAACUGUAUUGGUUGAUGAAGAGUCAAGGGGUAGCGAACACACCCAGAGCUAAAGGCAGAAUCUGAAGAUCACCUUUUUUUUUCAACUAAUUUACAUGACACCACUUGAGAAGAAGGGUUGCUUUACACUGGAUCUUUCUCUUGUAGAACAAGAAAUCUUUUGGAAUAGAAGAUGUUUACAUGUCCAUUGUUGGUCAUUUCUUCUGUGUCUUAAGUACUUUAAUAUUGGAAGAGUGUAGUGUUUGGACUAGUGGGUUUCUGCUAGCCCUUGGA